AUGCGAGAAGAAAACAAGCAUGAAGAUGCGUUGGGGCUACAUUCUCACACAAAAAACGAGCCUUUGGACCUUGAAUACUCAGAUGGUAUCCUCUCCCAGUCCUUAGCUCCUAUUGAUCAAGGACGAAGAGCGUGGACUGUCUUGAUCGCUGGUGUCAUUUUUGAGGCCUUAUUCUGGGGGUUUCCCAUGUGUUUUGGUAUCUUCCAAAACUAUUAUUCCACCGUUCCUGAGUUUCAGAAAGAUAACUCUAAGAUUCCUUUAAUCGGCACUCUGGCUCAGAGUCUUUACUAUCUUGGUGCACCAUUCUCAGCGAUUAUUACAAGAACGUUUCCGAAAUAUCAACGACAACAGAUAUGGGUGGGGUGGCUCCUGUGUAUCGUCAGUUUGCUUGCGGCUUCCUUCAUGAAAUCGGUGAGUGGCCUGACUGGUACUCAGGGGUUCUUGUAUGGAUUUGGUUUCGUGGCCCUCUCGUAUCCCAUUGUAAGCAUGGUUAACGAAUGGUGGGUCGUUCGGAAGGGAAUGGCAUUUGGUCUGAUCUCAGCUUCAUCUGGACUCACAGGUGCUUUUAUGCCUUUCAUUAUCGAAUCUGUUUUAAACAAAUAUGGCUAUCAGACCACGUUACGGGCCUGUGCUGUGGCAUUAGCAGUUUUAACCGCCCCUCUCCUCCCGCUCUUCAGAGGGCGCUUGCCGGUGGCUGAAACUUCUAAAGUGGCCAGGAUUGACUGGAGCUUCUUAAAGAGACCCCUCUUCUGGUUUUACGGAUCAGCGAUUCUCAUUCAAGGUCUGGGAUUCUUUUUCCCGUCCGUCUAUCUCCCCUCUUACGCGGCGGCUGUCGAUAUCCCACCUAUGCAGGGUGCCCUUCUCCUGGCUGUAAUGUGCAUUGCACAAGUCCUUGGGCAAUUUACAUUUGGCUAUCUUUCAGACAAGAGAUUUUCUGUCGAUUCACUGUCAAUUACCUGCUGUGUCUCAGCGGCUAUAGCCGCAUUCAUAUUCUGGGGUCUGGCGCAGUCCAUAGCAUUUCUUGUUGUUUUCAGCAUCUUGCAUGGUUUCUUCGGUUAUGGAUUUGGUACAAUGCGCGUUGCAAUGGGACGAGCGGUAUCUGAUGAGCAGUCCACAAUUUUUGCGACAUACGCUCUAUUUGUAUUUCUUCAAGGAGUUGGUAACAUUCUAGUGACUCCGCUUAGCGCAGCGCUGAUAUCAAGUCCUCCUACGCACGACCACUUUGGGAUUGGCAAGUACGAAGGAAUUGUGAUUUUGACGGGUACUUCUUCAGUGCUGGCUGGUAUCCUCAUAGGUGUUUGGCUUGGCUUUAGAAUUAUCUCAAACCUAUACAAGCAAAGCAAUUAG